AUGCACAACCUCCCUUCUCACUGCCACCCUCUCCUCAUCGCCAAGACCCUCUCCAACCUAACCUUCGCGGAGAUAGCCACCCAGAUCGACAAACCGGAAGUAUGGACUGCAUCCCUAUUCUACGGUCAGGCGGUCACUGACGAAGAAACGGCUGAGAAGAUCUACAAAGCAUUAGGUGAAGAUUCAUUCGUAGCUGAGUACAACACCAACCACCUGACUGGUGGUCAAUUGGAAUUGACCAAAAAGAGAUUUAUCAAUGGGUUGAUUGGGAUGUCGGAGAGUUCUUUAGGCGUCAAGGGAUUGGUGGAUAGAGAGAAAGGGAUGGAUAUGCCUCCCAAGGAUCCAGUCCUCUAUAGACUAUAUGAGGCUUUAUUGGUUUAUGGAUACUCUUACAAAGCUAUCAUCCAAGAGAAGUUCGGUGACGGUAUCAUGUCAGCAAUCGACUUCAGAACUUCCGUAGAAAGGAAGCCAGAUCCUAAGGGGGAUAGAGUGGUCAUUACCAUGGACGGAAAGUUCUUGUCUUAUUCUUCGCCUGAAGCUUGGAAAGGAUAG